GCAGUCCACCCGAGUCUACGACACCACGGGUAGAACGACCAAACAACAUUCUCGACUUGUAUAUCAUACUCAACUGCUCCUCAUCACCAUCAUCGAUGUCCCCCUCUGAUGCCCUUCAUGAUGGGCAUUGGUCAGCUACUUACACCCCUCGAUGAGUAUGAUCUCACUUUCCCUGACCUCAUGGCCUUCAUUCAGCUUGCAUGCAUGUGCAUGACUGACAUCCAACAUCCACCCAUCCACCCUCCAGAAGUUGUUACCCACCUGACUAUCCUUGCAUGCUGGGUAGCAUUCCAUCAGGUUAUCUGGACUCACAGUGCAGUACUCCCAACUGACCAGGAGAUUGAAGUAUUUAACUAUCAUGGACUUGUGCGCGGUAUUGGAUAUCAUGACUUGUAUCCACCGACACAUGUAUGCCAGUGUCCCAAAUGUGUGAACUACUGUGAUGGUGAUGAAGUAGCCACUCUCAUGGAUGUCAAUACAUUUUAUGCUAGCCUCUUUAUGCUAUGAGAUGGUUCUCUUCCAGUCCAUUUGGUAUCAACAUAUUGUCAAUAUAUUACCCCAACUAUUGGACUAACAACACCGACUUGACACAGCAUUUACUAUGCUGGUGUUCCCAGCGUCAUUCAUGCUGCGAGGCAUUUCUAUAUUGAAGCUGUGCUGUUGG